AUGGACGCGGGGCUGCUGAGUGUCAUCCUGGGCACUGUCCUAGUGCGGGUGGAGACGGCUACGCAGGACCUCAAUCUACACAAGGUGGCUCUUCUGUCUUACGUGGACAGAAACCUGGCGCUAAAGAUCCCAAAGAGGCUGGAGGCCUUGUUCCUGACCUUGAGUGGAGAUGAGCUGACGGGGAAGGCUGCGUACGACAGCUCAGGAAGUUGUGAGACAGAAAACAUAGUGGGCUCAGAAAUAGAUGUUUUGGGGAGAUCCUGCUUCCCAGGCCACAGGGAGACCCACGUGAUAGACACGGACUACGAGCAGGAUGCCAUUCGGAGGGUGUCCCUGCACUGGCAGGGCCAGGAUUUCCACGUGCUCAAAUACUUUACUCGGAGCCUCGAGGACAAGUACGGACCAGGCUUCUGGAGGUUCCGGGAGUUGACAGCUGAUGUAGGGCUGUACCUGGUGGCCCGGCACGGGAGGUGUGCCAAACUCCUGAAGGAGGUGAGCCUCGCCCCCCGCUGCGCCGAGCCCCCAGGCUGAGUCUCCCGGCCUGACAGGGGCCCUGAGUCACUCUUGAUCCAGGCUGCCAGAUGGGGACCCUGGAGGCUGGGGGACUGAGGACAGGGCUGGGAGACGGAAGGGGAGAGGCGGAGCCCGUACGUCCCACCCGGCUGGGGACACAGACCCCGUGUCUCAGGUUCCCACUGUGCUGGCCCAUCCCCUGCCUGAGCCCCUAGAGGUGGGGACUAUCACCCUGCUUUGCAGGUAGAGAAACUGAGGCCCAGGGAGGCUGCUCACAGUCAUGUAGCUAAGACACGGGCUCCCACCUGUGGCCCCAACCACUGCCCUGAGGCCCUGCCCUUCUGUGUCUCAGGAGCUGAUCUAGAGGAUCCCCUGACCCCAGGCCAGCAUGGUCCGAGCCCCCGCCCGCCUGGCCUGACCUGGCCCCAGGAGGCGGCUCGCACCCGCUCCGAAUAAACCCCAUGCCAAACCCA